GAUUGCAUUGUGGAUUAUAAAAUGCCCAUUUCCCACAAAAAACAGCUGCUGGCUAGAUGGACAGCAUUUAAUAAUAAUCACAGAGGAGCUUGAAAGGCCUGGGGUGGGGAAGUUGAGGCAGGGGGGAACUGGGAGAAGGAAGGGAGAUAGGCAAUGUGUUUACUUAUCAGGCACCAGAGUUGGAAGAUGGGGGAGAGUGAAGCGUCCCACAUUCAAUGCAGCAUGCAGAUUAAACAGAAGCAACUGUAGAAACCUCCAAAAAGAUGGAACUUCAGAAAAUCCUCCCUUGGCGCCGUGCUUUCUUGGCUGUGUUACUGAACUUGCUCGCCCUUAGCCUGUCUACUACAGCCUUACUGGGUAGCUAUUGGUGCGUUGGAACCCAGAAGGUUCCCAAACCUUUAUGUGGGAAGACAAAGACCACCAAGUGCAUUGGUGUCCCCAUGCCUCCUGAAGUCUUGGCUGGCAAUGUAUCAUUUCUGCCUCAGGAUGUGGUGCACUAUAGCUGGGAGACGGGUGAUGAUCGGUUUGCCUUCCGUUACUUUCACACAGGAUUAUGGCUUUCAUGUGAAGAGAACAUAGAAGGCUCAGAUGACAAGUGUCGCAGUUUCAUUGAACUUUCCCCUCCAGCAGAAAGAGGCAUCCUUUGGCUGUCUCUUGGAUCAGAGAUAGUGUACAUAUGCUUACUGGUGAUUAGCUUCAUCCUUCUGCUUCUGGACAUGUUAUACACUGGAAACCCAGUUUGUGGAAUGAAACUCAACGCCUUUGCUGCCGUCUCCUCUGUAUUGUCAGGCCUCCUUGGGAUGGUGGCUCACAUGAUGUACAGUCAAGUUUUCCAGGCAACUGUUAACCUGGGACCGGAAGACUGGAGACCACAUUCGUGGGACUAUGGAUGGGCUUUCUACAUGGCCUGGGCUUCCUUUACUUGCUGCAUGGCUUCUGCAGUUACAACCCUGAACUCAUAUACCAAGACAGUGCUGGCGUUCAAGCGCAACCUUGAGAAAGCCUGUGAAGGGACCUUCCCAACAGACCAGUCUCAACCCCGCCAGUGCUUCAUGCCACCUCAAUACCAACACCACAGAGAACAAAGUAGUAGCUUCUACCAGCAGCGAGAAAAAUCUCUCCACUCUAUUUCUGAGGGUGUUGAUUUUUACUCCGAACUGCAGCAGAAGAUGCUACAGAGGGAACCUGACUUGGAGCUGAAUGAGGUCCUUGCAAAGUCAGUUCAAGAAGAUCCAUGUUAGGACUGACAGGAAAAGCCCACCAGGACAGUGGAAAAGAAACAGAUUUCUAAAUCAAAAAUUUUGUGACCCGUGAAGUCCUGGUUUUUUCUGUUUACUCAGCCAGAGAAUUGGAGUUGGCAGAAGUCAUCCAGUCACUUCCAUUGUUAUAUAUGGUCAUAAGAACACAGGAAAAUGAUUUAUUCUUUGUAAAUAACAAAAUGCCCAGGAUUCGUGACAUUUACUGAGAAUUCAUCUAACUUCACCCUAUACUUCAUUCAAGUGGGCAAAGCACAUGAAAAUUGAAAGCUCUAGGUGACAUCAACGUGUGUGCUCCUGGUUUGUUGUUGCCAAGGGAGGACAGGUUUCUUACCUGUAAUUGUUUUCUUUUUUAGUGCUUGUCUGUGAACUCACACAUUUGGUUCACCAGAGAAGUGCAUCAUUCAGAUCUUUCUAGAGAUAUUACACAAGUGCUUUUGGUGGUUUCUCUCCCCUCACCUGCAUGUCAUACUAGUGCACUUCCUGUCUAAAACCUUCAGUUCCAUAGCCACAAAAGCAAAAGCCAAAGAUAUAAGAAGAAGACAGGACAGGGUAAGGGGAUGGAGGUGAUACUGUGUGACUUAAUAGAUGAUCACUUGAAGAAUUAGUCACAGGAAAUCAACUUGUCCUUCUUUUCCACGAAACACACAGCUACUCACUAUAGAGGUAGGAAUAUCAUGUCACACAGAAAAAGAGACCUGCCUCCCAUAUACAAUCAAUAUCUGGGACCUUAAGCCAAGUUUAUAAUGAGAUAUAGUGAAUCUAGACCAGAUAGCAGCUCUAUAGAUGUCACAUGGAGGAACCCCUUCCAGAAAUGCAGUAUAUGCAGUAACAGCUUGGGUUGAGCAGCUUCUUCCUUGGGCAGGUGGCUAUUUGUUUGCUAGAUCAUAAGCCAGAUGAAUACUUCCAGCAACUCAACUGCAAAGGAGUUGUGUAGAAACAGGCAACCCCUUCUUUGUAGAUGAGUAACAUAGGAAGACUCUUUGGGACUGACAAACUGAAGAAGUACAAUCAGUGUAAAAAACCAAUGUUCUGCUUCCAUCUAGGCAAUGUACAGAACUCACCAAGCCAGCAGUAGGAUUCUGAAAGAAUAAUGUCCUGACUUGGAUAGUAGGCAGAUACAGCUUUUCGCAAAAUUGAAGUAUCUGGUCUCAUGAUUACAUUAUCUUAUGGAAGCAAAUAUAAGGUUGGUUCAUCCUCUGAGAAUGGCUCAUUUGGUAGAGAUAACUGCCACUAGAAAGACUGUUUUCCAGGUAAGCAGUCUUAGGCCAUGGAUUCCAGGAAUUUCCUGGACUGUCAAGAAAAAAACCAGUUCUAAGCUCCAGUGGGUGCCUGGGCCUAGCUCAAAAGGACAAAUUUUUAUAACCUUUCAAGAAUGUCUUGACCAGUGGAUUCAAGAAGUGGGAGGAUUUGUCAAGGCAUUGAAAACAUAGCUCCCAUGAUAAAGGAAAAGGACAAACCUCUGAACAAGAAGACCAAAAAGUCCAAAGUAUGGGCAAUAGCCACUUCAUUUGGAGAGACCUCUUUAAGAACAAGGAAUUCGGGACACUUUUGCCAUUUGUAAUGUAUGAGCACUGAGUUGAUGUCUUCUGAGCUGCAGCAAUAACUGAUUCAGGCCCCUUCCAAACUGCCCCUAUAUCCCAGGUUCUGAUUCUAGAUUAACUUCUUAUUCCAGAUUAUCUGGGAGAUUCAUAUUAUCCAGUUUAAAUUAGUUAAUCUGGGAUCAGAUCCUCGAAUACAAGGCAGUGUAGAUGGGGCCUUAGACAAAGGAAUCAGAGAAAGAUCUUCCAAGUCUUGGGCUUAAUUGUUGAAGAUCUGGAUGCCCACUGCUGUUGUGGAUGGUUAAUAGAUCUGGAUGCAGUGGAAGCUUAUGAUACUGACUUCUGGAAAGAUGCUGAAACGAAACUGCCUGGGCAACCACACAGGAUAUAUAUGGACUUGUCCUGUUGAAUCUUUGUUAUUACUGCCAUGAGAGCCCAUCUCUGUGGGUUCAUGAACAGAAGAUUUCGCAUUGCUUGUUCUGAAGUUACACAAACAAGUUGAUGGUCAGUGCAGCCCAAUUCUGAAACAGCCCAAUUUCAGUCAUGACAGCACACAAGUGCUCAGCUCAAAGCAUCUGUUAGAGCAUCUGCUCCCCUGAAAAGUGGAUGAAGGUCACAUAGGAUGCACCAAUCCCACAACUUUAUUGCAAGGUGGGGGAAUCUAAUCAGACACCUCCUUGUGUGUUCAGGUAGAGGAUCACGGUGGUGUUGUCUGAAACUAUUUGAAAAACUUUGUCAUAGAAAUUGCUUAAAAGAUUGAAAGAUUUUUAGAACAUCCAAGAGCUUGAGGACAUUGAUGCAGAGGGCUCUUUCAUCUUGUGACCAAUAACUCCUAACCAUGAGACCUGCGGAAUGAGUCCCCAUGCUUUGGAGAAUGCAACAGAAGUGACCAUUACCAAGGCCUAGGGAAAUGAACAGAGCUACUGCCAACAUGCAUUUGUGUGAGCCACACUGCAUCUGAUUUAUGUGAGUUAAAGACUAUGCAGAAUCCAGAAUUUCUAGCCCAGCAAGAAGCUCUGAUUUAUUCUCGUUUUAUGACCCUGGUAUGUUGGAAACAACAAACAAGGAGUUCAGGUUCAACUCUCACACAAAUCUUUUUCUGUGAUAUUUAUUUAGACAUUUUGUGUGAAGUAGGAGUGAAAAUGCUGUGUGUGCCAGUAAACCAAGAGAAGCCAAGCACUCUGGUUUUCUGCAAAUACAGCCAUUGAAUCAGAUCACUGUGCUAUUUAAUUCAAUAUUGUAUAUACAUACUGAUAGCAUCUCAAAAGCUUUCCUCCUAUUAUAAAUAGAGGCGGGGUAGCCCAUAAUUAUUCAAUUUGAUAGGUUUAACCUUCCAUCUCCCCAUCAUAUGCCAUGGUCCCAACCUUAUCCAGAGCUAGCUAUUUAAUUUAAACUUAUAUAUACUAUAUCAGACAACAAGGGCUAAAAGUAUUUGGUUUGACCCUCUAAACAGCUCUAACAAAUCCCCACUGCAUGGCAGAAAUGGUAGAUAUUAAAAAGCAUAGAACAGAGUGAAGUCACUUCACAUGAUGCAAAGAUUAUAAUGUGCAUAGGAGGUGAAUUGAUCGGAGUUGCUAUUGGGUUUUCUUCAUCAGAGAAAUAUAUUAGAUGGGAGGGAAGAAAGAUUAUAUCUUGAUGCCAAAAUGGAAUUAAAUAGACAUUCCUGCUUCCGAUUCGGAAAUGUUCACUUUGACUACUUUGAUUUGUUCAAACAUCAAUGGGACCUGAAUAAAGCAUACACAUUUUUAAUAAAA